UCUGGAAUCUCCCUCCGUCGACGCAAUUCAAAUAAAAACCGAGAGCGCCUUUGAUUCGUUCCUUCAACGGUAAACUGCUUAGUGCUCACCCAACAUUCAAAGAAGACGAAGAAAAAGGAAACCUUUCUCGUCUAGUCGCCGUCGGCAGCCGUCACUCUACUUGUCUAGUGCCGUCCGUCGGUGUAGUGGUUCGGAGGUGAAAGAAUUUUGAAGGAAGGGAAAUCCCACUCCCCCCAAUACAUUCUUUGAACAAAAACAAGAAACUCUCUGCCCUCUCAAUCUGAAGCAAGAAAAUAUUUGUGCGAAAACAGCACCGGACGCACAAAUGGUGGCCGUUGCAGUUAAGGGUAAAUCCAAACCUUCACAUCAAGUCAUCGAGGAAGACGCCAAUAAGUCAACCAAGAAGAGCAACACUGCCCUUGGACGACUCCCAUCUUUCAAGAUAUUUGCAGAACCGCCACCACCAUCUAAUGGCGGGAGACGUUUGGGCAGUGCAACUGGCUCUCAGAGUGGUAUCAAGAACUUGGAGAAGAACAAUGGCAAGAAGGACAGUUCUGUGAAAGCAAAUAUCGGAAGAAAAGUUUUGGCUGAUAUCAGUAAUGUCAGGGGAAGCUUUUCAGGGCCAAAGGCACACAAUAAAUCCAAAUCAUUGUGUAUUUCUAGGAAUUCAGCGGCUGGCACUCAGGCUGGGGGUUGUUCAUCAAGAAUGCCUUUCACUGGAAUUGUGCGGAACAACAUGACUCAAGCUUCUGGAAGCCACCACACUGUGAACAAGGCUGACAAGGAUAUAAAGAUCACUUCCUCUAAUGACCUUGGGACUUUGACUCGAGGGUGCAAAUUCGUUGACACGAGUAGGAAAUCUCGUGGGGAUUAUCUGCCUCCAAUAAGAAAAUCUUUCCCAGUAACAGAACAAGUCAAAAAGGUUCCUAUGAAUGGUACAAAGGAGGAAUCUACUGAAAGCUCUGAGAGGCGUAGGGGAAAAUAUGGAUUUCAAGUUAACUCCAAAGUUGGCAGAAAUGUGGCUUCCCGGGUGCACAACUCUCAGAAUCAUCUCCAGAAAGUUCGAGUUAGUGAUGGAUACAUGGUUAUGGCUUCCAAAGGUCGACGUAACUCUAGACCCGGAACAAUUUCAAGAAGAUCUGUCAAAGUUGAAAGGACCUUAAACUCAAAUGGUGUUUGUGGCUUCAAUAAGCCACCUGCUGGUUCUGCUGCUUCGUCCAACAGAAAGGAGGAAAAGGCCAAAUGUUCUUCAACAAAACAUGUUGCAUCAGUAAUUCUCAGUGGACAAACUGCUCAACACGAUGUUUCUUCUUCUAGCAAGAGUGACUCAGAUAGAACUACAGCAGAUAAUGUUUCUAGGAGAAAACCUGAUCGAAGAAAAUCUUUUACUUCUUUACUGAUGUCACAAUCAAAGGAUGAUUUGCCAAAUAUCUAUGAUAAUCAUAAUCAUCUUGAAGUUACUGAAUAUGUUGAUGACAUCUAUCAGUAUUACUGGGUUUUGGAGGCACAUAAUCAGCCGUUGAAACAUUAUUUGGAUAUCCAGAGUGAAAUUACACGUCAAAUGCGUGGCAUAUUGAUCAACUGGCUCAUUGAAGUACAUCUAAGGUUUGAUUUGAUGCAAGAAACACUUUUUUUGAUGGUUACACUAUUAGACCAAUUUUUAUCCUUGGUAAGCAUCGGGAAGAACAAAAUGCAGUUAGUUGGCCUUACUGCACUCUUGCUGGCAUCAAAAUAUGAGGAUUUUUGGCAUCCAAGGAUCAUGGACUUAAUUGGCAUUUCAGCAGAUUCAUACACAAGAGAUGAAAUGCUUGGAAUGGAGAAUACUUUUCUAAAGGCACUCAAGUUCCGUCUGAAUUCACCAACUCCGUAUGUCUUUAUGCUACGGGUCCUUAAGGCUGCUGGAUCAGAUACAGCGUUUGAACAUCUUGCCUUUUACCUCAUCGAGCUGUGCUUAGUUGAGUACGAGGCUUUGAAAUAUAAGCCCUCAUUGCUAUGUGCAUCAGCCAUCUAUCUCGCUAGAUGUACAAUGGAAAUGAAUCCAACAUGGACCCCACUGCUUGAGAAACAUUCCCGCUACAGAGAAUCUCAAAUCAGAAGCUGCGCAGAGAUGAUCUUGAAAUUUCACAAAGCUGCUAAAAUAGCUAUGCUGAAAGUAACAUAUGAGAAAUACAUGAGGUUUGAGUUCGGCAGGGUUGCAGCUAUAAAUCCAGUAGAAGUGCUUCCCCAGUGCAGUCAUGAAAAUCAAUGUUACAAGAAUUAAACAGAGCUAAAAUUUAGAUGAUGAGGGCUAGAUGGACUGCUCAUAUAAUGAGCUGAAACCAAAUCCAUUGUAAUCUUGCCCAGACAUGCGACUCAAUUGUCGCUGAAAUUGUUGAACAUAGAUGUUGUAUUGAGAAAUAUGAUUCUAAAUGGUAGGAGCCAGACACUGGUUUGGACG